AUGAUUUACUCUAUCUGGAAUGUCAGGGGCCUGAAUGACCCUGGCAAAGUUGCCUCUGUAAAGAGGUUGCUUCAUUCUCAUUCAGUUGAUGUUAUUGGUCUUCUUAAAACGAAAUUCAAAUCAAAAAAUGUUUUCACUUAUCAAAAGAAGUUUGGCUCUUCUUGGCUUUGGGUGUGCAAUUAUGAUCAUUCUCCUAAAGGGAGGUUUUGUCUUGGUUGGAAUGCAGAUAGAGUAACUGUCAAUGUCUUAAAGAUUCAUGAGCAGUUUAUACAUUGUAGUGUCCUUUCUAAGGAUCUUUCUACUCAAAUUCAUCUCACUGUUAUCUAUGGGCUUCAUUAUAUCCAUGAUAGGCUUCCUAUGUGGGAAGGGAUUAGGAACAUCUCUAUUCAGAAUUCUCCAUGGCUCUGUGCUGGUGACUUUAACUCUCUUCUUCAUACUUUAGACAGACUUCAUGGUACUGAUGUUACUGAUUAUGAGACUAGAGAUUUCAAGAGUUUGGUUGAUGAUUUGGACCUCACUGAGGUCAAGAGCAAAGGAGCCUUCUACUCUUGGUCAAAUAAGGCUCACACUGGUCCUAGAACUCUCUCUAGGAUUGAUAGAGUCUUUGGUAACCAAGCUUGGCUGGCCUCUCAUGGUCAUGUUGAAACUGUCUAUCUUCCCCCUUCUUUAUCUGAUCACAGUCCAGUUCUUUUGGAUAUUUUUCUUGCUCCUGCUAGGAAAGGUAAACCUUUCAGGAUUCUAAGCUGUAUUGCUGAUCAUCUUGAUUUCCUUGAUACUGUUUCUCAUGCUUGGUGUUCUGGUGGUUCUGUCUGGCAGAAGCUUAAUUCUGUGAAUUCUAGUAUCAAGUCUCUUAAUAACAAGCACUUUGGCAAUAUUGCUGAGAAGAUUGAUUAA